AAUAAGCGGCCUCGCUAUCGCGUACCCUCCUUGGUAACGCUGGCUCGGUUAUGAUACUAAAAGCCCUGAAAUGCCCCGACAGACCUGUUCAAUUAUACUUUGUAGAGACACAUCAAAAAUCUAGUUACGGUUAGUCCACACCACCACGUCCAUAUUGUCUUGUUUUUCAAACCUGCUCCUCCUGGAUCUCACAUACCGUUGUGCGCAUGCCCGCUGCAUCCCUCAACAUCCCAGACGUCAAAAAAGCCGUGUUUCUUACCAGGGUAGAGGAAAAUGAUCAACCCGGUCCGGUGGAGCGCACUGAAGGCUUAUUUCGCCUGAACGGCACACUGACACAAGUUGCAAGCUUGUGAGAUAGAACCACAAGGACUGGACUGAGAUUAUUUUGACAAUUUGGAUUAACAAUCAUGUCUGUUUCCACUAUGGAAUUAAAGAAAUCAAUUUCAGACACAGAGAGAACGUUGAAGAGCUACGGCGCUGUGCAAGAGACCGAAUGGAACACGGAUAAAGGCCAGGGGGACGUGUCCAUGGCCGAGAGCACCAUGUCUCCCGACGAGAUCGAGGUGGAGAUGGCUCGCAUCCAGCGCCUCCGGGAGGUCCUGGUGCGCCGCGAGUCCGAGCUGCGCUUCAUGAUGGAUGACAUUCAGCUCUGCAAAGACAUCAUGAGCCUGAAGCAGGAGCUGAGGAAGAUCGUGACGGUGCCAGAGAAAGAUAAGACCAAGAAGCAGCGGCAGCGGGAGGAGGAGCUGAUCCUGAAGGUCCAUCAACUGGUGCAGAAGAGGGACUUCCUGGUGGAUGACGCCGAGGUGGAGAGAUUACGGGAGCAGGAGGAGGACAAGGAGAUGGCCGACUUCCUCAGGCUCAAGCUCCUGUCGCUGGAGAAGCUCGCCAAAGUGGCAGAGGGUUCUCCCAAGCCCAAGAGAUCUGUCCCAGACCCUCCACCCAACAAGCCCUCCGUCCUCAAGUCCAGCGUCACCAUCAUCAAGGACUGCUGUGGCGCCACCCAGUGUGCCAUCAUGUAACAAAAACGCCCUCCCCUCACUCCCCUCCCCUUACGACGCCUCAACCCCCCCCCCCUCAUCCCCCCAGACUCUCACAUAACCUCAACCCAUCUCCUUGCACUGAGAAACCUGGGUGCUCAAGUAUCCUGCCAAAAGUGACAAAACAAAACAAGCAGCCGAGGCAUGUGACCACGCCAGUAUGCGCGCUGUCCGAGGCUGUAGGCAAAACGUUUAUCUGAUCGAGCAAGCUGCCACUCAUUGGUGGCUAAUGGAGCGGGACUUCGCCCCAGCGUGGUUUUAACAUAUUGGAUUGUCGAGCUGGCAGUUGUCACAUUAACAUGCAAUUAGUCCAGCAAUGAUGUGCGGAUAAGGCGUUUGUCAGCAAACUCCCCACAAACCUCUCUCUAGAGUCUAGACCAUUUACCGCGGCUCCCCCACGUUCUGCGCAAUAUGUUUAGGUUAUAUAACAACAUCGUUUAAGGAUUCAGCAGUUUGGAGGCUGAAGUUUGGCUGAAAGUGCUGGUGUGAUCCUCUCCUGAGAUUUCAGCUGGCUGAAUUGAUUUCUUCAUCCUUUCUUUUCUUUUUCAACCAUUGCUGCAUUUUUCUACUCAAGCAAAGGCAACUUUCACGCUGGCCUCUGUGUUAGAUCAUUUGUGCCACAUCUGGUAGCAGGAUGUGAAGAAAAUGUACAACACUGCCUUGAAGUCAGACGAAAACAUGUGACGUGACAGGCUGACACUGUGUGGGUUUUCUCCACGAUUAUUUAUUCAUGGAAUGUUUCUGAAGCUCUUUCAGUUGAGGCCUUUUUCAAAGGAGAAUGACGUUUGUGUGAUUUCUUGUGUCACGUUUACAACUACCAAGCACAAACACCUCGAUGCUUUCACCCCCAUCUGCUCCCAGGUUUCUCUUGCUAGAGGUGGGGCUGAGAAAUAUCCCAUCUCUUCGCUCUGUCACCACGUAGUAUAACGGGUAUACACACACAAAUAUUCCUCCAUCGUUACCCUUUAAUCAAAAGCUGAUCUCUGAUCGAGGGCCAGUCUUGCAUUGUGGGUCGAGUACGUGGGUAGCUCUGGGUUGAUCCUAGAUCAGUUCAACCACUGUGAGAAGCGUGAUGGAGGGGCCCUCCUGAGCCAGCAAGGGUCCCUGGAACAGUGAACUAUGGUACCUCUCCUGGUUCGUGCAAAGAUCCCUUCACCCUCAUCCCUUUAUUUUCAUAUGCAAACACAUGAAUAUAAUAUGCAUUGAUUACUUAUUUUACAUUGAUUAACUGCAAACACAGGAAUAUAAUAUGCAUUGAUUACUUAUUUUACAUUGAUUAACUGCAAACACAUGAUAAUAUGCAUUGAUUACUUAUUUUACAAUGAUUUACUGCACACAUUGAUUAGAGUCAACACUGAUAUUGAUAUACUCUGGAUUUUUUUGCAGACAAAAGACAAAAAAAAAAAAAAAUCUUAAAUGUAAUGCAAAGACGAAUGCAAUUCUUGUAAAUACCUCUCUGAAUAAGCUCUGAACAGAAAGAUGACUGGCAUCUCACUCCCAGUAGAUAGGCUAGUGAUUAAUUGCCACACUAACGAGAUCUGGUAGUUAUUUACUGCACCCGUUCUUCAUGAAGUGUUUGUGUAUUUAUCCCUCUUAGGACCUUUUGCUAUAGAUCACACAGUAAUUAUAUGCAGAAAUGUGCUGAUCCUUCUCCAUGUCUGUAAAUAUAUGUUUAAAUAAAAAAGGCAUCUUUCUGGA